GUAAUACUGACGACGAGUAUUAGGGAUUAAAAUGUUUCGCGUCGAAUCUGAUGAUGUUCCUUUCCAGUGCAUAACGUUGUACUAAACACGUGGUUACGAUUGUAAUUAUUGAAAUUAAGGCAAAAUACGCAGCGCAUCACGCAAAAUGCCAUUGGCCAGAGAUUUUUUACAUCCCAGUCCCAUUGAGGAGAAAAGGAAACACAAGCUAAAGAGGCUUGUGCAGAAGCCAAACAGUUAUUUUAUGGAUGUCAAAUGCCCUGGCUGUUAUGCUAUUAAAACUAUAUUUUCCCAUGCUCAGAGGCCAGUAGAAUGUGACGGAUGUCGUACGAUACUUUGCACACCGACAGGUGGCAAAGCAAGACUAACGGAAGGAUGCUCUUUUAGAAGAAAAGUUCAGUGUUAACCGUGUACAUGCUGUAAUGUGUCUCUUUAUAUUCGAUAAAUAAAUACCAUUACAUUAUAA